AUGGGGGGCGCUGCAGGGCAGCCCCUGCUUCUGGGGCCUCAAGUUACAAGCGUGCCGGCGUCUGCCCCAUCGAGGGGUUACAGGCGGGGCCGGUCCAUUCCUCUACCCCCUGAGCGGAGUGGGCCAGCAGCCCGGUUGUUUCCACGGGUAUCUUUUAGAGGUUUCUUUUCUGCCAAAGGUGGCGGGUUUUCCGGCUCUGGUAGUGACCCUGUUUCCUUUAAAAAACCCGCUCGGUCCGGCAAACGCCUGGAGCCGGCCCACGGUUGGCAGGGGCUGGUGGGGGCACGGGGUGGGGCAGCCCACAGGGAGAUAAGAUACCUCGCUGCCCUUUGCUGCUCCUGGCCCCGCCCUGCUCCUCCCCCCGGGGAGCAGGGUGGGAGCUCGUGGUGGGCACCCUGGAGUCACAGCAGGGAAGGGUUCUGCCAGUCUGGUGUCCAGGUACCCCCCACCGGCCUGGGGUCCCAGUGCACCCUGCUGGUAGCAGCACACCACGUGGCCCCGCUGCCCUUCACCCGUCUUCCCACGUCUGUUACUGAGCUGGAAACCGCCUUGUCCCUGGGGCGCAGGGCUUGCCUGGAGCAGGGGGCGGGGGUGGGCGGUCUUGAGAGACCCGGGCCGUCUGGCACCAGGAGAGUCCAGUGGGCCAGAGGCCGCCGUGGCCUUGUGCGGGGAUGCCAGGGGGCAGUGCUGGACGGCCUGAGGCCUCCCGCUUUUCUUGAAAAAUGCUACUGUGUAAAAAAAUUUACAAACUACAAAACACUUGAACAGGCUCUCUUGGUCUUGUCUGCAUUCGGCGUCCUGCGCUCCCGUAGGUCCUGGCUGUGGCCCGUAGCCGCGCUGGUGCCCGGGCAGCUGCACUCUGCCGUGUUUGCCCUCCGACAGGUCCCCAUUUCCUGUCCUCUGGCCCUGGUUGUCCGUGGGGGAAGAGGGGUGAGAGUGCCCUUCCCAGCGGCUGUGAGGGUGGCUGAGAGGCCGCGUGGUGGGUUGGAGGAGACCAUCCUGAGCCGCUUGUGAGCGACCCACCUCUGAGCCCAGAGACGAGAGUGCAGGCGCUUAGAAAGAGUAAACGUUUAUAUGUUUAAAAAGAAGAAAAGACAGGCACC